UCCGGCCCAGCCCCCAAAAUAUGCGGAGUAGGCUACUUUCCCACUUUUCCCAACAGGGAAAAAAAACAAAGGGAGAUCACUCAGGACAGGGAAGGGGUAGUACUGCAGACAGAUGUGGCCAAACCUGCAACAACCGGACCUAACUCAGUUCGCACUCCCAUGCAUUGUUGAAAUGCAGGCCUGAGUUCAAAUCCAGAUGGAUGAAAUCAAAUGCCAAAAGACUUCCAAGUUGACAAUGUGAGCCUGCAGCAACCAUAAUGCGAAAAGAAAUUCAAUUUGGCGAGCCUGCAACGAACUUCAUGCCAAAGACAUUGUGAGCCUGCAAAACAAAAAACUGAAUGGCAAAAGUUUGUGAGCCUGCAAAAGCAGCAAAACAAACUGAAUGCCGAAAGAGUUGUGACUAUUGUGAGCUUGCACAGACUCUGAGAAGGAGAUGGAAGGCAGACACAAGAACCAGAGCGCGAUUCGUGACGUCGUCUCACCAGCAAUCAGUCCUGACUCAAGCGAUCGAAGAGGAGAUGGGGUAGCGAGGAAGCCCGUGUCGUUGGACAUUCAACGGCCCACCAUAACCCUGAAAGGGGUAAUGCUAUGUCAGCGUCCUUUCGAAUUACGAGGAGGCAGUGGUAGAUUGAAAGAGCAACCACCGCCGCCCUCUUAUCAGGUGCAGACGUUGAGAUUGUCACCACCAAGCGCGGCACUUGCUGAGUCACGCAGGCGGCCGUUCAGAAGUGCAUUCCCUCCUGAGGUUCCCCUCGGCAUCCGCCAAAAACCCACAAUUUGGAUAUACCCUCGGUCACGGCUAACGGUCGUCGGGGAGCACAAGCAGUGGCUGAGGCAAUUUUCGCAGUCAGUCGAGCAGUGCAAGGCGUCGAGAGAGGAAUCGGAAAACUCGAAGGAUGCCAAGCGGGCACGCGUACGCAAAUUUGGGUCCAAGCUCUGUCGGGCGAUCCUGAAAGGGAAGAAGCUUGCCCAUUGGCGAGCCGCACAUAGAGGUGGUGCCAUUGCUUCCGGCAACGGCGCUAAUCACUCCGAGUCUGACGGAUCAUUAUCGGGUGGUGUGAGCCGCUUCCAAGAUGGGACCACCGCAAGACAGCAAGGCGGCCAGAGCUCCAGCUGCUCCGGUGAUCUCUGCGCAAAAGACUGCAACCCCACGACUGUGCAGGUGACCUGCACUGACGAUUGUCGUCACCAGACAUCCGUUGGCCAUCAUCCUCUUCUUCGUGGCAACGUCGGUGGUAACGACGGCCACGCUCGCGCUUUUCAAUGGUGGAAGGAGGUGGGUCAUACGGCGUCUCCAGACCACCAUCAUGAUGACCAAAUUGAUGAUCACGACCAAAGGGGUCACUCUGUGUCGGCUCGGGAACUGACGCUUCCCAGCCCUCACUGGGGCCAACCCAAGGAAGGCCGGCACGUUGCAGGCUCAGAUACGUCACUAGCAACACCAGCACCACCGAAGGCAGCAAAGGAAGGCAGGGCCUCCUCAGCGCCCCUCGGCCACAAGCAACAGAAUUUGCGCGCUGGCUUUGCUGGUGACGUUGUCGAGGCAAGUGGUCGACCAGGUCCAGAAGAGGAACAAAAUGCAUUUUGUUCCUUCGGCGAGAACAACAACAGCAACGGCAACAGCAACAGCAGCUGCAACAACAGCAGCAAUAGCACCGACCAGCUGGGACGAAGAAACAGCACCGGCAACUUGAAGCCUCAAGAAUCUCAGCAAGGAGCAGCAGAAGGCCAUCUUGUAGUAGGACAUGUUUGUGAUGGUGAACUGAAAGAGCAAGGAAAGAGUGUGGAAGAUCCCUCCAGGACAGCGGUGGACUGUUGUGGAAGUUUCGGGAAAAUGCAGACGAAGAAAGCCGCGACGAAAUUGGUGGAAUCGCAGCCGCUGCUGUCGCAGGCGCAACAGAAUGCGGAAGAGAUUGUAGGAGAUCAGCAACCGCGAGGAAGACGGAAAGGGAAACAAAAGCCCAAGUGGGCAAUGACUAAAGAGGAAAUUGAGGAAGAGGAAGAUGCGGAGGUCGAAAACCUUUUGUCCUUCGUUAGGCAUUUAGAUUACGACAGGUUUCUGGAGAUGAGCGAAAUGGAACUGUACAAAUCCUUGGAGGACGCCAUAGCCAAAGAGCAAGAGCUUCGUCUUCGCGGUAUCAGUAGUAGCCAUGGCUAUGGCGAUCAGCAGCAACGGACUCACCGCCAUGCAGGCGAGGACUCGCACAACGACAUCGCGGCCGCAGCCAACUCCGACGACAAUAAUGGCGACAAGAACACGACUGCAUCCGACGACGGCAACAAAGCAGUAGCCGUAGAAGAGAUGGAAGCCCAUUCAACAUGGGCAUGGGAGUCGAGGUCGUCCACCGAAAAAGCGCUUGUCCUGAAGGACCUGCAAGAGAAAAUCGCGAAUCUCCGAAGUACAGUUGAGCUCGGCACAGAAAUGCAGCAGAAGUUGGGUCCGCUCAAUCCGUCGCGCAAUCGUCGCCUUAAUGCUCUCCGCAGCCUCUUGGCUGAAGCUCAGACCCGAACGGAAGACCAAAAUCCCAGCAACUUAGUACCUAGCUUGUGGAAAAUAGCGCAAAGCAUUCUAGCCAAGAUCCGGAGUUUUCGAGAGAUACACUCCUCGGCAAGUGUACGAUCUAUCCUCGAGAAAAAUUCCAAAGCUCCGACAACUACAGUCCAUCUCGGUUCAUCUACCAGUAGCACUGCUGCUCCUAAAGAUCAUCACCGCUGUGAUCUCAUUCCGGUUCGUUCCUGAAGAUCAUAACAACAGUUAACGCGCUAUUUUGAAUUUUCUGCAAUUACCCCAAAUGUCAAACUACAAAACUCGCAUGCCCGCAAAACAAUAGCCCACAUGAUCAAAGUUUAUCAGACGGUAGUUACGUGACGACUCAGAGUCUGGUGACAAACCGAAUCCAAAUGUGUCGAAGGACUAUUCGUUUAGUCCAUUUUCUUCAAAUUUUUGUAUUUAAAAUAAACUUGCAAUGGUCAU